GUUGGUACAUCGACAUCGUAGGCUCCCACUGCUCUCUCUCUCUUUUGGGACAAUUUCAGCACACUGGAGAACAUUUUAGAGCGCAACUUCAAACAUAACCAUGGGAAAACCUGCAAAGAAAAGAAAACACUCUGUCAAUGAGGACGUGUCUCCGAAGAGAAUUUGUUCAUCAACAUGUAUUGUACAUUCCUCAAAUCUUCUGAAUUAUGGCAAAUUUGUAUCUCUUGAUGCAUGCCGUGGGGAACAAAGCGAGAAGCUAUCAUAUCUACACAGAAUUAGGGAUAUGAGACUCAAGGAACCAUCCAGUUCACCAUACCGCAUGACAGGUAUUUGUGACCAGAUCCCAUCAACACUAGAUGGCUUGGAUUUGGCAACAACUGGAUAUCAUCAAAACUGCUAUACAUGCUUCACAGGGAAAUUAUCUCGGUUGCAAGUAUCAAAGGCUGAACCAUCAUUGUCUGUAAGGGAUUCCCUCAGCAAUCUGAAAUCUCUUCCAAGUCAGUUUGGAGCUCGUUGUUCCUUCUUGUUUCCCAAUGAGUGUAUUUUCUGUGAAAAAACUGAAACAAAGUACAAGGGCAAGUUUCAAGAGCUUACUAAGUUUCAGAGUUGGAAACACAAGGAGCCUGCCUGGAAAGUUGUUGAACCCAGGGCACAGGAAUUGAAGAAGGAUGCACUUUAUCGCAAAGUGCAGGGCAAGGACCUCUUUGCGAUGGAAGCAAAGUAUCAUCAGUCAUGCAGGAACCUCUUCAACACAGUUUGGCGAAACCAUUUGCGAGGAAAGCAGAGAGCUGAGAAGGCAGCAGACAACAUCGACAGCCUGGAGGCCCAGAAGAUGGCAGCACAUAACAAAUCCUAUGGUGUGGUAAAAGACUACAUUCUUACCAAUGUGAUCAGAGGCAAAGAGGUUGUCCAGCUAAGAUACCUCUGCAAGAUGUACAUCGAGACAUUGGAAAGUGAAGGUUUCCCUAAUCCCAAAUACCGCAGUGAGAAAUUGGCAAAACGACUGAAAAAAGACAAAGACAUCUCACGUGACCUCACAUUCUCCAAGGUGCCACAACAUGGCUGUAUUGAGAUUACCCUCAUAUACAGUUCGAGCAUCACAGUAGAUGAAGCUGUAGUAUGUGCCUACAAACUUGGGAAGAAAUAGAGAUAGAAGAUCUCCUCAGUGAUGGCGAAUUUGACGAUUAGUCACAAGUUAACUGCAUCCUACACACAUUUUUUGCCUUUUUAUUUACGAUUUUUGUUUUAAACAGUCAGUGUGUAGUAAAAUGUAAUAAACAAUUAUUUUAUUGUGUUCAUUUUAACAGAGUUG